AUGGAGAACAGAGUUCUAUUCUUUGCCAUCUUCUUCCUCCUCUUGCACCCUCUCGCCGCCACCAGCCAUAACAUCUCCGCUGUCUUCGCCUUCGGCGACUCGACUCUCGAUGCCGGCAACAACAACCAGCUUCACACGAUCGCCCGCGCCGACCACGUCCCCUACGGCCGCGAGCUCCCGGGCCAUCUCCCCUCCGGGAGGUUCUCCGACGGCAGGCUGAUUACCGACUUCAUCGUCUCCGCCCUGGGACUCAAGGACCUCCUCCCUCCUUACUCUGAGGCCGACCGCCUCGACCUUUCCAACAUCGCCACCGGAGUCAGCUUCGCCUCCGCGGGCACCGGCCUCGACGACCUGACCGCGAGCCAGUCGCAGGUCAUGACCAUGGCCGAAGAGUUGAGAAACUUCGCGGCGUACACGAAGAGGCUAACAGCUGCUCUCGGGAAGGAUAAGGCGCAGGAGAUCAUCGGCGGUGCCCUGUUCGUCAUCGGCGCAGGCUCUAAUGACUGGAUGAUUAACUACUACAUUUCUCCCAUCAGAAGCUGGACGUAUUCGAAGACUGAUUACAGCCGUUUCCUCAUCGGCAAGCUUCGUUCUGUGGUUGAGGAAAUAUAUCACAGAGGUGGUCGGAAGUUUGCCAUCUCCGGGCUUCCACCACUGGGAUGCCUUCCUCUGCAGAUCACUCUGAACGCAAUGGUGCCCAUCAACCACGCGACACAACGAAGCUGCGUGGUGGCGCAGAACAACGACGCCGCCGCAUACAACUCCCUGUUCAAACACUCCAUCAACGCCCUGAGUGCUUCGCUCGUCGAAGGCAAGUUCGUGUACGUGGACAUCUACACCCCACUGAUCAACAUGAUCCAUAACCCUAAAAGAUACGGUUUUGAGUCGACGACGUUGGGGUGCUGCGGGACUGGGACGGUGGAGAUGGGUCCGUUGUGCAAUGCGAUGACGCCGGUGUGCUCGGCUCCUUCUUCUUUCAUGUUCUGGGACUCUGUUCAUCCAUCAGAGGCAACAUACAAAGCUCUUGCGAAAGAGAUGAUUAAAGAUGUGCUCCCAAAGUUUGGAUGA